GGCAUAGAAAAGAUUGAGGAGACUGGAAGAUUUCGUUUGGAGGAUUCAUACAGCCUUACAACUCAAGGGACUCCAAGAUGAAGAAGAAGAAGUCAGCUGCGCAGAAGCAAAAUACUUCGCAUGGUCCAGUUGGAGAGACAUCACAACAUGGGUCAGAAGCCAAACCAGUGGCUCCUAUUGAAGAUGAUGCCAUGGUGAAGGCUCGCAUGUUUGCAGACGAAAUUGGUGAAAUCGCUGAUAUUCUUGAGGUUCAACUUAUCUCAUCUGAUAUUCUUGAGAAACUCCGAAAGGCAGAUUCUCGACGGAGCCAUCAUCCUUUACCUGAAAGCUGGCAAUCAAAGCUGAAUUCAUUACGCGCAGAAGCAGCGGCAAAUUUGUCAAAAAUUCUCCACUUGUUGCAAGAGGAACAUGACAGUGACUCUGCAGAAAACUCUGAGAAAUUGGCUCCUGGAGCAAUGCAGCAGAGAGGUCAGACUACCCCCAAAGAAGAAGAUCCACCACACCCUGGACAACUUCCUCUUCAUUUUCACAUAUAUGCUUCUGCUCUGCUCCCUGAGCCUUACGUGGCACAGGGUUGGCAUUACGUUCCUGUUCUACAACAUGGAGCACCACCUCCAGCAAGGGGGAACCAGUCCGUCCCUGUUCAAGAGCAUGGAGAGCCGACUGCAGCAGGGGGAUACCAAUCUGUUCUUGUUCAUCACCAUGGAAACGCCAUACACCACAUGCCCAUGCCUUACGUGCCAUCCCCUUACCGCCCGGGAUAUCUACAACACAAUCAGCGAAUAGAAUCCUCAGAAUCCCCACAUGGAAACGAUGAAAGGCAGCAGGAUUCUCGAGCUAACAACCCUUCUCAUAAUAAUUCUCUUCAAGAUGGAGUUCCUGAAAAUAAUCUUGGAGCCCGCCAAUGCACCUAGGGAACACAGAAAGCUGAAACCCAAGGAGAAGAAUCUGCUGCCCAUUGAACACCUCGCUCAAAUGAUCAGCCUUCAAAGUUUUCAACCUCUCUGCUCUGUUAGAAUGCUAGACAAUGUGGACAUAUCCAGUUACUGCUGAUCCUUGCUUGCGGCGACCUCCUUUUUUCCUACUGUUUCCUACUUUUUUCGUGAUCAGUUCACUUUAUCUUUUCAGUUUCAUGUACAAAAGACAAAAUUAAUGGGUAAUAAACAUUGAUACUCCUGUAAUAGCUCAUGAUGAAUACCUUGCAGUUGUGGUGAUAAAACUGAAAAGGUUGUAACUCACUGCUGCCAAGCUGGGCAUAUGGGGAAUCUAAGGAAGCUUAUUUUAUAAGCCCAGCAUCUACUUUGUAGAA